AGCACUGCAUAAAUUAGCCGGUUGCCGGUUAGUAAACAGACUGAGAGUGAUAAUAUUGUAAGUGUAGUUUUGUGAUUUUGUAAACAAAAUGAACAAAAACAAGGGUAGUUGGUCUUUGGCCUUAAUAGAGACAAUGAAAGAUCCAAACUAUCGGGUUAUAUCCAGUGAAGUAGCCGUUGCAAUUAAAGACAAAUUCCCGAAGGCAAAGUACCACUUUCUAAUACUCCCUUACGAAGACAUUGAAGACGUGUAUCAUUUAACUUCAUCCGAAAAUCACCUCAAACUAAUGGACGAAAUGGAACUGCUAGCAAAAAAUGUUAUCGAAGUGACUGGUCAAGAUGAGAAAUUAUUUAAAAUUGGAUACCAUGCCGAGCCGAGCAUGCAACGACUUCAUUUGCAUGUGAUAUCUCUGGAUUUCAAUUCAACCUGCCUAAAGACGAAAAUUCACUGGAACAGUUUCACUACGAAAUUCUUUCGGAACGUUCACGAUGUCCACAGGGAAGUAAGACAGAAUGGCAAAGUUUUCAAACCAGCAACGGAUAUCUGCAAGAAAUUAUUGGCUGCCGACCUGAAAUGCCAUCAAUGUGAUUUUAGUCCUAAGAAUAUGCCCGAUUUGAAGAAACAUUUGAUUUCACAUAUUACAUGAGCGGUAUUUUUGAGUAGAG